AUGCCCAAACCAGCAUGGAGAGUUCUUGAGAGCUAUAAGCAGUUGUGCAGACAAGCAAACAGGCUUCCUUUAGACAGAGGCACGAUAUCGCGCUUUCUAGCUCUUGUAAAACUGGAGUUUCGAACCGGUUCCCCGCUGAAGUCUUCCCAGAUUCCGGUCUCUAGAAAGAAAUACAAUCUUCUUAGUCAACAAUUGGAUAGUAUCCUCAUCGAAGAGAAAUAUGACGAGGUGCAAGAUCUUCUUGAUGUCAUUUACAAACGGGAACCUCCUCCCUCAUGGUUGAGAGAAUUCAAUGAGUUGAACUAUACCCAGAUGAAGGGGAUCUGGCCCCAAGUCCAUUUGAUCAGAGAGUUGACCAAAGAUGCCGAAGUUAUUUCGAAGUACAACAAGAGCCUCGAACUCGAGAAGAAUGAAGACUUUUCCAUGAUGCGCCAUUUCAGCUUGACCAGUGCCAAAGAGGGAUUAUCACUAGUACGAUCAUACUCGCAAAGUCCAGACUUGAAACCGAUGAUGAAAAGCGUCUCCAGUUUGUACAAUUUGCUUCUUGACAACCAAUCUAAGCUUUCCCGCUCCAAAAUUCAAUCUUUGGAAGUGGUUUACCCCACAAAUAGAUUUGCAUUACCAAUUAGUCCCCACAAAAGAGAUCGAAUGUUGAGAGACAAGAUUGCCAGCGUGCGCAAUCUUCUCCACCAAUACAAGCCCAUUCCCAAGCAUGACCUACAAAGGCUAAUUGACGUUUCUCUAGGCAAAGAGGGUGCCCAGUACGAGAUUAAUCCCAAUUUUUACAAAUACAUGAUAAAGAAGCAUCGAAUUGAGAAGCAAGAAAUGAAUAUUGCUGUUUUACGAAAGCUUCGCCAGAAACAUCUUGUGCCAAAUGAGAAUAACAUUCGAAAAUGGUUUAGAGCAUAUGUGGUGAAACAAUUUUAUUUGGAUGAUGAUGGCCAGCACAAGAUGAGCUGGAUGCAAAAUUACUAUGACAUCGGGCCCAGUAGCACAAGAUAA